CCCAAAAUGACCGUAGUAGCGGGGGACAACAUGGAUGAGACCUCAGCCGUCCCAGGCCACCCUCAGGAUGCCUACCCUCCGGACCACAAUGACCAUGAGUGCUGCGAGAGGGUGGUCAUUAACAUAGCCGGCCUCCGGUUUGAGACUCAGUUGAAAACUCUCUCCCAGUUUCCAGAGACGUUGCUAGGCAACCCCAAAAAGAGGAUGCGGUAUUUUGACCCCUUGAGAAACGAGUACUUCUUUGACAGAAACCGUCCAAGCUUUGAUGCCAUCCUGUACUACUAUCAGUCUGGGGGGCGACUAAGAAGGCCAGUGAAUGUUCCCUUGGACAUGUUCUCAGAAGAAAUCAAAUUUUACGAGCUGGGAGUGGACGCCAUGGAGAGGUUUCGAGAGGACGAGGGUUUCAUCAGAGAGGAAGAGCGUCCUUUGCCUGACAAGGAGUUCCAGCGUCAAAUUUGGCUCCUUUUUGAGCACCCAGAAAGCUCAGGAACCGCCAGAGGGAUCGCCAUCGUAUCUGUGAUGGUCAUCCUGAUUUCAAUAGUCAUAUUUUGUCUGGAGACUUUACCACAGCUGAAGGAAGACCCAAUGGGUCGAUUCGAGACAAUUGGGAACAUUACUAUUUAUUAUAAACCAAAUAUCCUCACUGACCCCUUCUUUGUCAUUGAGACUCUCUGUAUAAUAUGGUUCUCGUUUGAGUUGAUAGUACGCUUUUUGGCGUGCCCAAGCAAACCGGCCUUCUUCAAGAACAUGAUGAACACGAUUGACAUUGUGGCUAUCAUUCCCUAUUUCAUCACACUUGGCACUGAGCUGGCAGAAGACCCAGAAAAGGAGGGGGUAGGGGAGCAAGCAACAUCUCUGGCCAUCCUCAGGGUGAUCCGUCUGGUUAGGGUGUUUCGGAUCUUCAAGUUGUCACGACACUCCAAGGGCCUUCAGAUUCUGGGCCAGACCUUAAAGGCCAGCAUGCGAGAGCUGGGAUUGCUGAUCUUUUUUCUGUUCAUCGGAGUCAUCUUGUUUUCAAGUGCAGUCUACUUUGCUGAAGCAGAGGAGCAAGGCUCCCACUUUGGCAGCAUACCGGAUGCGUUCUGGUGGGCUGUUGUAUCCAUGACAACUGUGGGUUAUGGGGACAUGGUUCCAGUCACCAUCGGAGGCAAGAUUGUAGGAUCGCUGUGUGCGAUCGCUGGAGUCUUAACAAUUGCCCUCCCAGUGCCUGUCAUUGUGUCCAACUUCAAUUACUUCUACCACAGAGAAACCGAGGGAGAGGAGCAGGCCCAGCUACUCAAUGUCAGCAACCCCAACAUCCCCUCUGAAACCAACUCCAGCCGCCGCAGCUCAUCCACCGUCAGCAAGUCAGAGUACAUGGAGAUUGAUGGGGAUAUCAACAAUAGCAUAGACAACUUUAGGGAGGCAAACCUUAGAACUGGCAAUUGCACUAUAGCCAACCAAAACUGUGUGAAUAAAAGCAAGCUGCUUACAGAUGUUUAA